GUGUACAUGAAAUGAACACAAAAAAUUAAUAUUUUAACUUGAUAGCGUUCUUUUUAUUAUUUUACUGUGUUAUCUACCUGCUGUCAGCAGUAUAUAAAUGGUCGAAAUUUAUAUUAAAGACAUAGUAAAACUAAAGAAGUCUAAAGAAGAAGAAGAAGGCAGAAGAGGCUGCCACAUCUGAUCUUACUCUAUUGAUUGCUUACCUAAACCAUAAUCGUUAGCAAAAUGUCAAUUACAAGAUUAUUGGGUUUCUAUUCACCCAUUAUCACCAUUCUGUCAAUAUUCGUUCACACAUAUUGUCAAACGACACCAAGUGAGAAUAGUUCUUCAGAAGGUAUCUGUUUUAGUUCCAAUGAUGAGGUUUAUGUGGAAAUGAAAACAUCAGGUAAUUUCACCCUGAAAUGGAAAAAGCCCAAUCGCACUGGUUUAAUAAUUUAUCAAAUAAGUCCUUAUAAAACUUAUGAAUCUGGGUAUUGUCAUUAUUAUAGUACUAGUGAUGAUUGUCCAACUUAUACAUUAUUCAAUGUGAUUGAAGAUAAAUAUGUUCAAUUUUUUGUUCGUAUUUUUGACGGUACUCCUUAUAGUACGUUGUCUAGCUCUAGAUUUAACUUCACAGAAAUAAAGGAUGGUUGUCUACUUAGGGGAGGUUUAGAAGUAUUUAAUAUCACUGUAACAUCUGUCAUUCUACAAUGGAACAAGCCUAAAAAUUGUAACUACAUGUUUGUGAAUUAUACUGUGUUGAUAAAUCAUCUGCGGACAUUUGAAAAGGUAUAUCAGGAAAUACCUUUUCCUUUUAAUUCUACCAAUUUCACAGUGAAAAAUCUUUUACCAAGAACCGUAUACGAAUUUACAUUAGUUGUUCAUCAUUUCGGAGCAGAAACUAGUAAUAUCUAUAGCCCACAUAUCAGAACUAAACAUCAUUUAGAUUCAAAACUUGAUUCUUAUAUCAGGGAAACUGGCGAUGUUAAACUCGUCAAUGUUUUAAAAGUCACUAAUAGUAGCGUCACAAUUGAGUGGACUAUACCUGAGAUUUCCGUCGCUGCAGACAUGGAGAUUUUUAUAAUCGAUUUAGAUAAUACUGGGGAACCUGAAUUGUUUGAAAGUGCAUUUCCUUUUAGACUAGGACAUAUCUUUCCUGACACUUUUUCGUUAAAAUCUUGGUAUAAGGAAAAGACAAUCUCAAAUUUAAAAUUCCAAACAAAUUAUAUAUUUCUAGUUGCGUAUACGGAUGAGAAGGGAGUUAUUUUUCUCAAAAGCAAAAAAGUUUUUACUUUACUCACAAAAGCUGAUGAAUUUAAUGAAUUAUUUCAUGGAUAUAGAUUUAGGCUUAAUUAUUAAAAUAUAUAAGGAGAGUCAAGUAUAGAUGAAUGUGGGAGAUAAGACAAAUGUAAACCAAGUCUGUUUCUGGACCAAAUAGGUUGAAAUAAAUAAAUUAUUAUAUAUAUUACAAAACUCCCAAUACAGUACGAUUUCGGUAAGUGUCAGGUUUGAUAAGUGUCGGAUCGCGAUAUAUGUCGGAUUUUUUCCACGCCUACAAUCUUGGCAAGUGUCGGGUGCCUUUCUCCUACUUUUUGCGUGCGCAUCAAAAACCAACGCCGUAUAAAAAUGUUUUCAAAUAUGUACGUUAAUAAAAUAAAAAUAAUGUUUUUACUUAUGAAUUUUAA